GAAGGGGCGCGGGAGCCGCUGCGGGAGUUACCGUAUUUGCGCUGGGCAGCGCAGCUAGAGGAAAGGCACUGCGCUGGAGACGGGAGGAACAGGGGCGCAGCCUGGGCUGGGCUGGUGAUUACAGCUGGAAGUGCCCAUGACCGAGCUGGCGUCCUCGGGGGGCGGGUCCCCCACGGGGGACGGGGAAGAGGGUCUGGGGGACGAGCGAGGCCUGGUCAUCCACCACCCCACGGAGGAGCAGGCCCACCGCUGCGCGCUGUGCGGCCAGACCUUCUCGCAGCAGCCCAGCCUGGUGCGGCACCAGAAGGCGCACGCCGGGGCCGGCCGCGCCGCCGCCGCCUUCGUGUGCCCCGAGUGCGGCAAGGCCUUCAGCGUCAAGCACAACCUGGAGGUGCACCAGCGCACCCACACCGGCGAGCGGCCCUUCCCCUGCCCCGAGUGCGGGCGCUGCUUCAGCCUCAAGCAGAACCUGCUCACGCACCGGCGCAUCCACAGCGGCGAGAAGCCGCACCGGUGCGCGCAGUGCGGCCGCUGCUUCCGGGAGCCGCGCUUCCUGCUCAACCACCAGCGCACCCACGCGCGCAUGCCGGCGCCGCACCCACGCCGCCCCGGCGUCUUCGGGGAGCGGCGGCCCUACUUCUGCGCCCGCUGCGGCAAGAGCUUCGCGCGCGAGGGCUCGCUCAAGACCCACCAGCGCAGCCACGGCCACGGCCUGGAGGGCCCGGCGGCCCACUUGGGCCGCGUGCUAUGAGGCGCGCGGGGCCGGCUGCCCGCGGUUUCCGGCCCCCGAGCUGUGCCCCUGAGCCCUGGAGGUGGCACUGGGCUGCGGAUCCCCACCCGGAUGGGAUCCCGGGAGGCGAGCAGGGCUGGCUGGGGGUCUUGGAGGAGUGGGCCGCCACCAUGCUCGGUGGCCUCCUUCGGCUCCUCUCCCGGGACCCUCGGGCUGGCUGCACAUCCCUGCGCUGGUUUUCCUCCUCACGCCGGCCAGGCCUCAGGCGAGCAGAAUGCCAGAGUGGAAAGCAACCUGGAGAGGGCCCCUCUCCACAGCCCCCGGGCACAGCCGCCUGGCUCCAGCACCGUCUGGCGUCCCGGAGAAGUCAUUCCAUGUCAUGUCUCAGUUUGCUCAUCUAUGCGGAGUGGGCAGGACCUCUGGACAGUGUGCAAGGCACAUGUGGGCACAGAAACUAGGAUGGAGACCCUGGGAACUGCACCCUGGCAGAGGACUCGUGCCCUGGGAGGUGCCCUGCAGUGCCAGCAGAGGGGGCUGGUGGAGCCCAGGAUUGGAGGCAGGUUCAGUUCCCUGGGAAAGACUCCCUGAACCUGUUGGGAGUCGUGGCUGGGGAAGAGCUCAUCCUGGCUGCCUGGCCACCUGACCAUGGACCUCCAGGCCCCUCUGGCAGCAGGGACCGUGCCUGUGUGGAGAGCUGGCUUCUCGGCCCCGCCUGGCCCUCCAGAGAUGGGAAGUGCCUGGCCUCAGAGAACACAGCACACUGGUGGCUGUCCUGGCUCCGGAGGCAUGGCCUCCCAGGUGUGAACCAGACUUGCAGGCUUCACUUGCCUUUCAGCAAAGGUUCUUACCAUAGUUGGGGGCAUGGAGGCCUUUGGAAAGCUGACAAAGGCGAUGAGCCGUCUCCCCAGGAAACCACGCAUACCCACGUAGACGCAUGAAUCUACCAGAACACCAGGAGCUCCUGGACUCCAGGAUGGAACCUCAACCCGGGACCCAACCCACCACCCUGUCCUUCCCUGGCCCCGAGCGCCCACCAUGCAGUAGCAUUCCUCCCUCCCCUGCCGGGCCUCCUUCCCUUGUUCAGGAAUAAAGAAUUCUGAGGA